UGGACGUUGUCCAGGUACAUUGACAAGGAGAAGGACAUGGCAGAGUUCUCCUUCCCUAGCAUAAUGAGGAAACACGCAGGUACAUAUUGGUGCCAGUAUGAGGUGUCUGGUUAUGAGGACAUAUCAGCGAGGAGUGACCCUGUGGAUCUGGUGCUGACAGAUCACAGCUUUCCCCCACCCAACAUCUCCCUUCACCCCCAGGAACGUGUGGGGACAGGGACCAAAGUCACCAUCCGCUGCUGGAACAAGGACUAUGGGGCCACCUUCCUCCUGCACAAGGAUGGGUGCUCAGCCGCGGUGCAACGUCAGGACCCUGAUGAUGCUGGCACGGCCUCCUUCACCUUCUUUGGGGUGGCCCUGGCAAACUCCGGCACCUACAGGUGCUCCUUCCACCCCUGGCAUUCCCCCUUUCUGUCCUCACCCCUUGGGGACAGUGUGACAUUGGAGGUGACACCCACACCUGCACCCCCAGGUGCUGAGUUGGUGUCCCAUGGGAACCUGGUGGUGGCAGAGCUGAGGGGCUGUGCUGCUGCCCUCGUUUUUGCCCUUGGCAUCUUCUUUGUCAUCAUCGAUGCCCGCAGCCUCUGGAUACGGAGAGAUGAGAGUCUGGGUGGGGAAGGGAUUUAAUGGUUUUGAUCUCCUGCAGAUCUCUGUAGAUCUCCCCAGUUGUCCUCUUGCUCCCCUUCCAUUCUUCUGUAGAGUGCACCAGGUGUACCUUUUGAUCCACUAUUGGUUUCCUAUCGAUUCCCCCAAGUGUUCCCUGACCCCAUCCCAUCUCCUACAA